GCUGUGACGGCUACGAAAACAUGCGCGCGCAUGUGGCGCGAUGUUGGUGCGUCAGAAUCGUGAUUCCUGUCUCAACUCUCGCCCGGGACAGAAACGUAGGCAGACACGGACAGACGAAGUGCACAGGGCGGGCCUAUCCUAUGAUACCGAGCCGUUUUGUUUUGUCCUUUUUCUACCAUUCAACGAGAAACCGUGGAAUCCGCAUUACGUGCACUAGACACGGCUGCGGACCACGACCGCGUGACGGUUCUCCCUUAUCAAAAUCAACGUCUUUCCCAGCCGGUGUUUUAUAGUGUCAAUAAAAUUCACCAAAUUCCUUUUCGUCUGCUUUCGCCGUUCGAUCGGGCGGGCAGCCGCUCAAACGGGAGUGUUAAUUUAUCUGGCGUUUUUCGCCGGAGAAAAUUCUUUAGGACAUGGUGGUGCAAGUGAGUGAAAUCGGGGGUGGAAAAAGCAGAUCAUGUCGGCUGCUAUUCAAGGCUUCAGCGACCCUCAUCUUCGUUUCGCUUCUUCUCGUAGCGAGAGAAAAUUCGGCAUUCUCGACUGACAGUAAAGGAGCUUGUCCACUGAGGCAAUUUCGAUGUGCAAAUGAGAGAUGCAUACCAGUAUCUUGGGUCUGUGAUAAAUUUGACGACUGUGGUGAUAACUCGGAUGAAGAAUGCAAGGACCAACAAGAAUGUAAGGAGACGGAAUUUAAGUGCAGCAAUGGAAGGUGCAUUCCUGGAAAUUGGCACUGUGAUGGAGAAAAAGACUGCCCUGAUGGAUCUGACGAAAAUUCACUCGUUUGCAGUUCAAGAUCUUGUGGGGAAAUGGAGUUCCAGUGUGCUCCAGGACAAUGCAUUUCUAUUUCCUGGGUUUGCGACGGGCAGAACGAUUGCACCGACGGAAUAGACGAGAAAAACUGUCCAAGAGAUAAGAAUUGCACGUCGGAACAAUUCACGUGUCGCUCGGGAAAUGGGGAAUGCGUGGCAUUGACGUGGAUGUGCGACGAAACCCCCGACUGCUCUGAUGGGUCGGAUGAAGCUGAUUGCAACGAUACUUGUCGAUCCGAUGAGUUUACUUGUGCAAAUAAACAUUGCAUCCAUAGACGUUGGGUUUGUGAUAACGACGAUGAUUGUGGAGAUGGAAGUGAUGAGAAAGAUUGUGGAACAAUUGCUUGUCGCGAUGGCAUGGAUUUCGCUUGUUCUCCAAACUAUUGUAUCACGUCCAAAUGGCGAUGCGAUGGAGAUUUUGAUUGCCCAGAUCAUUCUGACGAAAUGGGGUGUAAAAAUCUACCAGAUGGAAAAAAUAGUCACUGUGCAGAACACGAAUUCGACUGUGGAGACAGGAUUACUUGCAUCCACCAAAGUUGGGUUUGUGACGGCGACAAGGAUUGUUCAAAUGGAGCUGACGAAUCCUUGGAAAGGUGUCACAACAUUUCCUGCAGGGCUGAUCAAUUCCAGUGUAGAGAUCGAUCAUGUAUAUCAGGUCAUCUAUAUUGCGAUGGAAGAACAGAUUGCGGGGAUGGAAGCGACGAGAAAAAUUGUACUUCAAAGGUGAAAACUUGUGAUCCAGCUACUGAGUUUGAAUGUAGUCCGGGAUCCUGUAUACCGCUUGAGAACGUCUGCAAUAAAAAACCCGAUUGCAUUGGUUGGGAAGAUGAAAGUAAUGAACUUUGCGGUCUUAAUGAAUGCUUGAAAAAUAACGGAGGAUGUUCUCAAGUCUGUGUGGAUCUUCCUAUUGGAUAUAGGUGUGAUUGCAAUCCUGGAUAUAAGCUGAUUGACAAUCGAACUUGCGAUGAUAUUGACGAGUGCCAGGAACCAGGAACCUGUUCCCAGUAUUGUUUCAAUGAAAAGGGGACUUUUAAAUGUAGUUGUGCGGCUGGAUACCUGAGAGACCCGAGAAAUUUAACCCGGUGUAAAGCAUCAGAGGGUCACGCGAGUUUACUUUUCGCAAAGCGUCAUGAUAUCAGAAAAGUGGCCCUUGAUCGUCAAGAAAUGACUGCAAUCGUUAACGACACCAAAAUGGCAACAGCUCUUGAUUUCGUUUUUCGAACAGGAAUGAUCUUUUGGAGUGAUGUCAGUGAGAAGAAGAUUUACAAAGCACCAAUUGACGAAGGAAGCGAAAGAACAGCAGUGAUCGAUAAAGACAUGACGACUUCCGACGGUCUCGCCGUGGACUGGAUUUACAGUCACAUUUACUGGACCGACGCCGAGAAAAACACGAUUGAAUUAGCCAACUUCGAAGGCAACAUGAGGAAAACUUUGAUCACGGAUCGCGUGCAAGAACCAAGAGCGAUUGCUUUGAAUCCAUUGGAGGGCUGGAUGUUCUGGACUGAUUGGGGCGAUGAAGCCCGAAUCGAGAGAGCUGGAAUGGAUGGAUCACACCGUUCAGUAAUUGUUGGAACUGAAGUAAAAUGGCCAAAUGGGUUAACUCUCGACCUAAUUGGAAAGAAAGUUUACUGGGUUGAUGCUAAAUUGAACAUCAUCGCUUCGUGUAAUUACGAUGGGUCAGGGAGAAGGACGAUUUUAUACUCCCCUGAUACGUUGCGACAUCCCUUCAGCAUUACAACCUUUGAAGAUUACGUUUACUGGACCGACUGGGACAAAGAGACGAUCUUCAAAGCGAAUAAAUUCACUGGAAAAGAUGUGGAGUCAAUAACAUCGUUGAGAUCUCAACAACAUCCGAUGGUAGUUCAUGUUUAUCAUCCUUAUCGUCAGCCUGAUGGAAUUAAUCAGUGCCAGGCUGUGAAUGGACAUUGCAGUCAUUUGUGUUUGCCUGCUCCUAAAAUUAAUUCGAGGUCGCCACUUCUCAGCUGCGCUUGUCCAGAUGGUCUCAGGUUGUUGCCGGACGGACUGAUGUGUGUCGAGAACGUAACAACAACAGUAGCACCUACGACAAUAGAGGUUAUCAAGCCAUUCAAGAAGCUUGAGCCUCUCAACGUUACCGCAAGUACCAGUCCGGCGAGUCCGUCUGAUACUGAUGGAAAUACAAGCUCAACAAAGGAACCUUCUGAUCGUGGUCUAGUCGCUGGAAUUGUGAUAGGUGUAGUUUCUCUGGGACUUCUGCUUCUGGCACUCGUAGCAGUUUUGUGCUACAGGCAUUAUUUGCAUCGCAAUGUCACCAGCAUGAAUUUCGACAACCCGGUGUACAGGAAAACCACAGAAGAUCAAUUCAGUCUCGAGAAAAACAGAUUUCCCCUUCCUUCUGCCGGCGUUGGAGAAGAAGUGAGACAACAUUUUUCAUUUAAAUUAAAUAUAAGUAUUAAAUAAGAAAAAAAUAUUACAAAUUUAA